UUAAACACAAAUGGAUGAAAGUGGUACACAUGGACAAAAAUUUAAGUACCUAAAUAAACGACGCCUUCAUGGAUUACAAUUACCCUUAAAUUUGCAACAGAUUUCUUUAUGGGGAGUGUUACUGUUAACUGCAUUGAUAAACUGUUUAAUUUUAGUGAAAAUACAAUUUGAUGUGUUGGAAGUUGCCUCGUUAAUAGUUUUUGUGGUUUUAUACGCAUGCCAUGUAGUAUCACAUAUGUUUGCAAUGAUACUAGAUCCUAGUGAAGAAGAGCUUCGCAAAAGAGACACUAUCGACGUUCCAGAAUUUGAUCGACACAUACACGCCCAUGUUAUUGAGGAUGGACGAUGUCAUUUAUGCAACAUAUAUACUACGGACAAAAAAACAAAGCAUUGUGGACUAUGCAAUAAGUGUGUUUAUAGAUUUGACCAUCAUUGUAAAUGGUUAAAUAAUUGUGUAGGAAAAAGAAAUUAUUUCGCCUUCUUAGGAUGUGUUUGCACUGCCCUGCUGAUUUCACUUUUCACAUCCUGUCUAUGUGUUAUAGAUAUUGUAAAUUUUUAUAAAAAUCCAAUGAACCUUGGAAAAAUUACGCUGAAUUACAUUAACUGCACCUCAAUAGAUAACGGAUAUUAUUUUAAAUAUUGUACUAAUUCUAUAUCUUUUUUAAUAUUUUUAAUAAUUUAUUUGUCAUGCGGCAUAGCAAUCACUCUUGCCCUUUUACACUUGUUCUGUUUUCACGUAUACAUAUCAAUUUUGGGAAUUUCGACGUACGAAUAUAUUAUAAGAAAUAAGACGAAACCUUUUCGAUUCCGGUGUUUCAGCGUGCCGAAUUUGUAUUUAUUGGGUAGAAAUAAGGAAUCUCAUACAAAGCGUACGGAAUUAUCGAAAAACGCACCAAGUGUUACUAAUUUAGUUGGUAUUAUAAUCAACUACGAACUUGAAAAAGCUAAGAGAAUUGUAAAUUUCAGCAAUAAAAUUCAUCCGACUCAGGAAAUAGUAGCGAAUUGAGUACGUAUACGUAGCUACGUAUCACUACAUAGUAUAAUACAAAAUCGCUUUCUCUUUCCCUAUGUACCUAUGCUUAAAUCUUUAAAACUACGCAACGGAUUUUGAUGCGGUUUUUUUAUAUAAUAUAGAGUGAUUCUCGAGGAAGGUUUCAGUAUAUAAUUGAUUAGUUUUUAGAGAAAGCGGGCGAAGCCGCGGGCGGCACGCGGAAAGCUAGUAGGUAUGUAAAAAAAUCUGAAAAGGGUAAAAAAGAAAUAUAUAGGUAUAUAUAAAAAACAUUAAAGAAGAUGGUUCUUAUUGUUAUACCGGAGAGGAUCAUAUUACUGUCCAUCUUUCAUAUUUUAAUGAUAAAUUGACUACCUAUGUUAAAUACGAAUCGUAAAAUGUUUAAUAAUUGUGUUACCUUGUUCCUACCUCUUCUCUGCGAUCUUAUUAUCGUCAAUAAUUAUUAAAUUUGAUGUCUUUUUAUAUACAGGAAAAUUAUAUAAAAUAAAUCUUUAUUAUUAGUAGGGUAGACCAAGAGGGGAUUCAGUUUAAUAAGGAAAGGUACCUUAGCUACUGAUUAUUAUCUGUGCUAUUUAGUACCUCUAGUCAAUAUGAGCCCAUAAUAUAGGGGUGUUAUUGUUAAGCUAUCACCUUAUCGGUAAAUCUGAAAGUAAAUCAUUGUAUCAUAACUUCCCCUAUGUGAUGCAUAAAAGUUUUUGGAAUAAAUCUUUCAAAUGAUGUUUCUAGUUAAUCAAGUUUUUGAAUCAGAUCCAUAAAUUAAAAUAGGUAUAUGCUGGAUGGUCUACUAUUUACCAAAAUGUAGAAUAUUCAAUAUAGUUUUUUAUAUUAAAUUAAUAAUUUAUUAAAAUCUUUCUUAUAAUUUGGAUGAUGAUGAUAAUAUGAUAGAGAGGUCAACUGUUUAUGUGAUGAUUACCUAAUAAAAAAAUAAUUAUUAUUUAAACUUUAUUUAAUAUAAUAUACAGAUAAUUUAGAACACAAUAAAAUUAAAAAAAAAGAACACCCAACAUAGUUUCACCAAAUGCUAAACAUUUAAAAAUAUUAUUGUUAUGUUGUGUAUUGAGCAAAGGUUUAAUCACGUUUACGGCGACGGUUUUGCUCUUCCUGUAACAAAGCACAAUAAUCAAUUAUUACUUACUGUAAUUCUUUAAAAAUAACGUAAUCAUUUUAUUAAAUGUAUUAGACUUAAACAAUUCAACUAUAUCAAUAAAUAUUAUUUUUAUAAAAUAGUAUAAUUGUACGUCUAAAAAUAGUGAAUGUAUUGUUUACCUUUUGUGUCAGAAUGAUGACCAAACGUCUGAACAUUCCAAUGAAGUCAAUAAACAGUUCCAUAGCAUGUUGUACAAAGUCCUUGUUGCCCAUGCGACGUUUCUCAAUAAUAAGUUGUGUAUCAAACAAAACAAAUCCACACAUGAGCAUCAGUCCUAAGUAAAGGUGGGCCUGAAAAAGAUGAUAAAUUAAUUAGGUACUUUUUUUGUCAUUGUAAUUUUCAUAACUCAAUUUUUUCUACUUAUGUAUAAAUAGUCAAAAUUAAAAUACUGCCUGAUAUGGUUGAGAAUCUAAAUAAUGUUUUAUGUUAUGAGAUUUUAUCAGAAAAUUUAAUAAUUUAUACUAGGCAUUGUAUGGUAUCUAAACUGAAAUAUUAUAAAGAAUCCAUUAAAAAUUAAGAAUAUC